AUGAGUAAGAAAGGAGAUUUUACCGCCGUUCGUAAGGAUAUUGUUGGUCUUUUACAUCAACCGGAAUACGAUGAUGGCAGUGCUGGACCAGUUCUUGUGCGCUUAGCAUGGCACUCUUCCGGAACAUUCGAUGCUGAAACAGAUACUGGCGGAUCCAAUGGGGCUGGUAUGCGGUACGAAAGUGAAGGAGGGGACCCAGCAAACGCCGGUCUACAGCACGCAAGAGUAUUUCUCGAGCCAGUCAAGGCAAAGCACUCCUGGAUAACAUAUGCGGAUCUUUGGACGCUGGCGGGCGUGGUGGCAAUCAAAGAAAUGGGCGGACCAGAUAUUGAAUGGAAAGGAGGGAGAACAGACUUUGUCGACGAUUCGAAACUACCCCCACGAGGACGCUUGCCCGACGGGGCGCAAGGUUCCGAUCAUCUUCGAUGGAUAUUCUACCGUAUGGGGUUUAAUGAUCAGGAAAUUGUUGCCUUGAGCGGAGCACAUAAUCUUGGACGUUGCCAUAGUGAUCGUUCCGGAUUCGAGGGAGCUUGGGUCAAUAAUCCUACGAGGUUUUCGAAUCAAUAUUAUAGACUCUUGCUCUCCCUGCAAUGGCGCAAAAAGAAGUUACAAAAUGGAAUGGAACAAUUCGUCAACUACGAUGAGGAUACCGAGACGGAAUUGAUGAUGCUUCCAACGGAUUUGGCCCUCACGCAAGAUAAGAAGUUCAAGCACUGGGUAGGGAAAUACGCAGAUGAUAAAGAGAAGUUCUUUGAGGAUUUCAGUAAAGUUUUUGCGAAGUUGGUUGAGUUGGGUAUUCAAAGGGAUGAUGAAGGGAAUAUUACGAACUCGGAUAACGAAAGGGGGGGUUAUCAUGCGGCGCCGAAGAAGAAGGAUACUCCUGGUAGCCCUGCGAAAAGUACGGAUGAUAAGGUGGAUGUGAAUGAGGCGGAACCAUUGAAGGAGGAGAAUAAGAAAUUCAAGGCGAAGUUGUAA